AUGGGAGUCCCAGAUGGCCCUCAAGACGGCGUUGGCACGCCAGAUCCUGCAGAUAGAGGUUUCGCCACCUUGAACACCCUCAGCAUCGGUGUAAAGGUGUUUGUCAAUAAGGAUGGAGAGCAGCGGAAAGCAGAGAUCCUUUCUGUAAGGCAGAGGAAGGGAGGGCCUAGUUUUUAUGUUCACUAUGUUGACUUCAACAAGCGUCUUGAUGAAUGGAUACCUGCGUCCAGGAUUGAUCUGACCAAAGAAGUUGAAUGGCCCCAACCAGAGAAGCCUGAAAAGAAGAAAGUAUCUGGCGCAGCUGCGGCUGCGGCUGCAACCAAAUCUCAGCCAAAAAAUCUUAAGCGCGGACAGCAUGGAAGCCGAGAUGUCUCAUCGACCCCAGACCUUCUCACUGGCAAAAACCAGAAUAUUGCAAAGACUCCCCAGCCCUCAAAGGCAGGUGGCAAGGAGAAUCAGGGGGACGAUGAAGGUAGCACACCGUUUGAUAUAUCCAUGCUAGGUAGUGAGGCGCCUUCAAUAAGUGGUACACCUCGACUUCGCGACGGAGACUCUGAAGAUGUCGAGAUGAUCGAUAUUCAAGCCGAGGCAGAAGCCAAGGCGGUCCUCAAGGACGAACAGGAUAAACUUACGGCCGACACUUCUCGAGAGGACGAGAUUGAAAAGCUCAGAACUGGCGGAAGCAUGACUCAAAAUCUAACAGAGGUCCAUCGUGUACGAAAUUUAAGUAAAAUACAGAUGGGCAAGUUUGAGAUUGAGCCGUGGUACUUUUCGCCUUAUCCUACAUCUUUCAGUGAUGCCGAUAUGAUUUACAUCGAUGAAUUUUGUCUCAGCUAUUUUGAUAAUGAGCGUGCAUUUCACAGACAUCGAAGCAAAUGCACACUCUUACACCCACCAGGCAAUGAGAUUUACCGAGAUGAUUAUGUGUCGUUUUUCGAAGUUGACGGCAGACGGCAACGAACCUGGUGCAGAAACUUAUGUCUACUCAGCAAACUAUUCCUGGAUCACAAAACGCUUUAUUAUGACGUCGACCCGUUUCUGUUCUAUUGCAUGGCCACUCGCGAUGCAAACGGAUGCCAUCUUGUUGGCUAUUUCUCCAAGGAAAAGGAGUCAGCGGAGGGCUACAAUGUCGCCUGUAUUCUUACAUUACCUCAAUAUCAACGUCGUGGGUUCGGUCGACUUCUCAUCGCUUUCAGCUAUGAGCUUAGCAAGCGGGAGGGGAAACUAGGGUCCCCUGAAAAACCGCUCAGUGAUUUGGGUUUACUGAGUUACCGACAAUAUUGGAGAGAAACACUUGUCGAACUGCUUGUCGAACCGGGACGAGACGCAAUUAGCGAGAGUGAAUUAGCUACCCUCAGUGCCAUGACUGAAAAGGAUGUUCAUGAAACCUUGGUAGUCUUAGGCUUGCUACGGUAUAACAAAGGAAACUGGAUCCUUGUGUUGACUGACAGUGUAAUGGAGCAACAUAAAAAGCGACUUGAAAAGGAGAAGAUAAGGGGGGCUAGGAAUAUCGACCCAGCCCGUCUCCAAUGGAAACCUCCAGUUUUUAAUGCUUCUAGCAGGACAUGGAAUUGGUAA